CGUCAUCUUCAUCAGCCACAACAAGAACAACGUGUGGAUAUGUAUAGGGCAGGAUCGGUUUUGGAUAUGCAACUGGAUCUCGAGAGAGAUCCAGUAGACAAGUUGAAGGAGAUUUUAGAGUGUCAAGAUAUACCCUUGUUGAUAGGCUCGUUUGAUCCUUCGAACGCAGAGCACAUAAAGGCGGCUUACGAGUGGGUUCAAAUUUGUUGUAGAAAAGUGCAAAAACGGAUAGAGCAGGUUUCUGCUCUAUCCAUGAAUCCUGCUAGAGGCUUCAAUCUAAAUGUUGAACCCUCGACCGAAGAUGGGGAAAUGGUUUUUCCUUCUCCUUCAACUGCAAAUGGGGGUGUGAGACCAAGCUUUGAUUUGAACGUCGUGCCCGUUGCAACCGAAGAUAUGGUUUGCGCCACGUCUUCGUCUGUGAAUCGAUUCAAAAGGUUCAAUUUGAAUGUUGCGCCUAGUGGUACAGAUGAUGAAUGUUGCACCCAACAGUACAAAUGAUGAAAUGAUUUGUUGAGUAACUCAAUUCAUGUGAGGGACUAACGAUAUCAUUAUAUCAAUCUUCGUGUCAUCUGUGACCUGAUUGUAACAUCAGGUAAGGUGAAACACCAUUUUACAUAGACAUUGCUACAGUCGUAGAAAAUUCGGCAUCAAAAUUUGACAUCAUGUUUUCAUAGACAAGCAUAGAUGGUCAUUAUCUAUGCAUGUCGGUAAAAUACAUAAUGUCAAACUUUAAUGUUAAAAUAAAUUUACCCAUUUCAU